CAACCUACUUACCGCUGUGGAAGGUAUGUAAUACCGAUACUUUGAAGCCACUCUUCGCGUACAAAUGCCCACACAAGGUACAAAGCUAACGAAAUGAGGAAGGAACGUCAACAUAUAGAUGCCAUGAAACUAGACCACCACAUCAAAGAACGUCUAAAUGCAAAUUUACACUCACCGAACCCUAACCCGCUGGACAUGUUGAUAGGCGGCUGCAUCCGUGGCAGACUGGGUUCUAGUGGUGUCAACUGUGGUAAAAUGGCGGAUCAAGAGAUGGUGAGCGACUCCUCUGUCAUGGAAGAAGAUUCAGCAGAAGUUCGCAUUGUUAAUCUUGAUCCAGAAACAGAGGAUGUGGAUUUGACUCAUGGCAGAAUAGAUAAGAUACAGAAUUUUGAAAGGCUUCGAUGUGUCAAGUCCUUGUGCUUAAGAAGAAAUGAGAUCAAGAAACUUGAAAACCUCGAAACGUUGACAUCACUAGAAGAACUCGAUUUUUAUGAUAAUCAGAUCUCUAAGAUUGAGAAUUUAGACCGUCUUGUUAAUUUAAGAAUUCUAGACUUGUCCUUUAAUGUCAUAAAAGUAAUUGAAAACCUUAAUUCACUUACAAAACUGGAGAAGCUUUACCUGGUACAAAAUAAAAUUGGUAGAAUAGAGGGACUGGAGCACCUUACUGAGCUAACAAUGGUUGAGCUUGGAGCUAAUAAAAUUAGGGUUCUGGAGGGAUUGGAACAUCUGACGAAGCUAGAAAGCCUUUUUGUUGGAAAAAAUAAAAUUACUGAGCUUCAGAAUCUGAGUGGCCUGUGCAGCCUCAAGGUUCUUAGCAUACAGAGUAACAGAAUAGUUGAGUUGAAAGGUCUGGAACAUUUAGAGAGCCUGGAAGAGUUAUACAUCAGCCAUAAUGGUAUUGAGGAAAUAAAAGGCUUAGAAAGCUUGACCAAACUUAAUACUCUUGACCUGGCUUCAAACAGGAUCAAAAGAAUUUCAAAUGUUGGUCACCUUCUAAACUUGGAGGAGUUCUGGUUUAAUGACAACCAGCUUGAACACUGGGAAGAUCUGGAUGAGCUUGCAAAGUGUCCCAAGUUGCACACAGUAUACCUAGAACGGAAUCCCCUGUCAAGAGACACGGCAUACAGGCGCAAGGUCAAGCUGGCUCUGCCUGCACUUAAACAGAUUGAUGCGACACUAUGCCACUGAACUGUGCUGUUGGCUGAAUUCCAUCCUUGAAGACCUAGGGACUACAGGAUGAGAGAUAGCAUUCUCUGUUAAUUACUUGAGAAGGUCAUCUCACUCUACCCACAAUGCAUUGUAUACAAUGAGUGUAUGGGUUCCAGGAUAGCUUAGUACUGUAGUUUCGCAUACAAUGUUUAAAUUGUGGCUAUCAUCAAAAUUGGCUGCUAAGGGCUGUGCUCUCCACAGUAUAAUUAUAUCUAGCAAAACUGCAGUUAUUUUUUUAUCUUGCAGACAAGUGGUUGUAUAAUUAUCCAUUAUGUAACGAGUCCUUUUUGUGGUUAGACCACACACAUAGUGAAAACCUUAUUUUACAGUAAUAUGCUUAGGGCAAUAUAGUAUAUCCCACAAUCCAGCAGGUAUAGCAGACAUUAUUAAACGGCAACUCAAGAAAGAAAGAAUGAAAAGUUACUUUUAGUUUUAGCACUACUGUAUUACAGUAUUCCCAAUAUAUGGUAGCACUUUGAGAACCCAUGUGUGUUAACCCAUGUUCCAUUAUGGGUUACCCAUAAGGCAACGCGGGCUAUGGUUUAUUGUUUUUUCAGGGUGACCUAAUAAGAAUGGGCUUACACAAGUACUUAAUAUUCCACUGAUUUGAUACCCUGGUUUCGUAUUGUAGAGGGCAAAUUUCUAUCUUAAAUAGGCUUGCAAUUAGUAGUUUACAAAAUGACACUGUAUUUGACCUCUGUGUAUUCUGUGGCACAAUUUUUAUGGAGAUAAACGUUUUCACAUUUUUGAUGUAUUUAGGUAUGAUAUUAUCUUUAAAUUAAAAAGCGAUUAAAGUUUGCGUGCGGGA